CCAUUCCCCAACAUCAGCCAUGUCCAGCCUUCGUAGCAUCCUCAAUCCCGAAGACCACCAUCGCAGCGCCCUCCGGCGGCCACCGCAGGGCUCGCCGCUGGUUUCAAGCGACCCCUCGUCACCAGCUUCUGGCUCCAGUGUAGCAUCACCGCGUUCAAAUGGAGAAAGCUCCCGCGCUUUCACUAACAAAGAACAGGACGGCCCUUACAGAGACUCGGAACAUGAACCUCAUCCCCAUUGUCCUGACACUCUGGAUUGUCUGCCUGAUACUGACGGACGUCCUCAACACACACUACCUGUUAUCCUCAGAUGUGCUAUUUUGGGUAGCCCUCGACAACGUCUGACGAUCCGCGAAAUAUAUGCGGCCAUGGAGCAAAAGUAUCUUUACUUCAGAACAGCUGGUCCCACGUGGAAGCAAUCUGUGCGACACCAUCUUUCUUUGAACAGGCUGUUUGAACGUCAGCCUCGACCGGUGACCGAUCCUGGUUUUGGCUCUUACUGGACCGUGAACCUUUCUGCACCUCCAGGUACGAAACGACCUAGAAAACGCGGACGCCCGAAUAAGGGCAAGGAGAAUGGAGCAACGUCAUCACCUCCAAAGAAACGAGGGAGACCGCGAAAAACAGUGGAGACCUCGAACGAUAUGGAGACUGAUCCACCCGAGGGGUCUCAGCCUCCGUCAGAACUCAAAUCCGCUGCUCAGGAAGUCUUGUCGCUGCAAUCGGAGACGGACCCAAAGGCUAGUGCAAUUGACAGCGAUCCAGAGCCUACCACUUCUGAUGACUACGAGAGCGAAGAGGACAUGGCUGUCCCACCUAGUCACCUGUCAUCGACGUCAGGAGUUCGGAUGUUUGGAUUAAAUCCCGUUGUGCAUCCCUUGGCGUCGCCGCUGCCUCGGAUCUCGACAACGAACCCAUAUCCUGUCACUCGCGGUCCGGACGAUUCCACGAUAGAACGACUGCAGAUUGAGAUGUCGGGGCUACGGCGUCAGCUCUCGGACGCCAUCGCGGUCUCGUUAAGGAUAUCUGAUCAACUGGCUGAGGCGCAAGCCGAAGCGACAAGGGUAAAGGCAAAUCUCAGAACAGUGGAGGCUAUGCUAGAAGAUGAAGGAAGGAAGAGGAAGGAAGCAGAGAGAAUUGUGGACGAAGAAAGCCGCCUACGCCGCCAAGUCGAAGAGGCCCUGUUAGAACUCAGACAACAGCGGCGUGGUACUAGCUUUGACUCCGAUACCUGAGCACCCGUACACGGGCUGAGAAGGGAGACUCAGGAUUCACACAUCGGGCUGACACUGCAGACUGCCAGAGAAACUUGAAGUGUAUCCAGGUAGGCAUUAUGGAUGCACUUGGACUUCACAGACGACGUGGACGUUUCAUGAUACUAUACUAGUAAUCGUACAAUAAUUCAUUAGCUUCUCAUCUCGCUCUCAAACCUGUUGCCGGAUAUUGAUUAAAGUCUAUGCUUAAGC